GUGAAAAUAAACACAGAAACUUCCUGAAGACUUAGAGUCCCGCAGUUUUUUCUGAUCUUCUGAUAUUGGGGAGUCCAACACUGCUGGCACCGACCACCAAAUGGUCCCUCUGAGACGUCUCAGACCUGCUGACAUGCCGCUACUAAAGACCAUCAGGAGCGCCGAACCCCCAUGGAGGGUCUGGGAUAGAAAAGCCCAGAAAUCAGGCCUGAGAAACACCGUGUACAGCGUCAAUGGAGACGAGUACACCGGAGAAUGGAUGAAUAACCUGAGGCAUGGCAAAGGCUCUUAUCUGUACAAGAAGGCCAACGCCAUCUACCAGGGAGACUGGAAAAAUGGAAAGAGAAACGGAUACGGGACGUAUGCCGUGAAAGCGCCCAGCACUGGAACGUACAUUCGAGUUUAUGCUGGCAACUGGGUGAAUGACAAAAAACAUGGAUAUGGGACUUACUACUAUUCAGAUGUUGAAUACUAUGAAGGCGGCUGGGAUUGCGGCAAAAGGAGCGGAUGGGGCAAGAUGAUAUACGCCAAUGGUGACAUCUAUGAUGGAGAAUGGCACAAUGACAAGUACUGUGGACAAGGGAUACUUUUUUCAGCAAACAAGAAUCGUUAUGAAGGAUCCUGGAAAGAUGGAAGAAAGCAUGGAGCUGGGACAUUCUACUACCUGGACAAGGGCAGAAUCUAUGAUGGAUAUUGGGUGAAAGAUAUCCCCAAGUGUGGGACUAUGGAGGACAUUGACUGCACAGAAGCUCCUAACACCAAGAAGUUUCUUAUUCCUGAGGUGAAAGUGGCUGAUCCCAAAAAAAUCUGUCAAGAAGCUAGAAGAGCGCUUCUCCAAAAGAGAAAAUGAACAAUACUUUGGCUCAAAACCAUGGCAUGCUGUUGGCUCACUGUUAACACCUUAAGUGAAGCCACAGACAUGCUACUAACAUCGUCUUACCUGAACC